AGAGGAUAUCCUUUCGUCUACGCCCCGGAUGGCUCUCAGUUUCUAUUGCUAUGCUUCCUUUAAAACACGACUGCAAGUCACAGCUCAGCUCAAUCACGGCAACAACAAAGGCCUUGAAAAAGUGAAAAACCUUGUAACAAAGACCGGAGUUCCUUCGAUCACAACUUCCCCACACGAAUCCCUCCAAAGAGGCAACUGGGUCAAGCUCAUUUGUGGUGCGAGCUUCGAGGAUGUGGUUGAUAUCAGGAAUCUCUCUUUGGUGUACACUCUAGCUGGAGUUGAUUGCAUUGAUUGCGCUGCCGAUGCAUCGGUGGUGAGUGCGGUGAAUGAAGGGAUUGAAGCAGCAAUAGGUAUUGUACCCGUUAGAAGGCCUUGGGUAAUGAUCAGUGUUAAUGAUGAUGAAGAUCUUCACUUUCGUAAAGCUGAAUUUGAUCCAAAUGAUUGUCCACCUGAUUGCUCAAGACCGUGCGAGAUUGUUUGUCCUGCUAAUGCAAUAUCUCUGGAGAACACAUCUAGUCUAGUCAAGGGUGGAGUAGUGACUGAACGCUGCUAUGGCUGUGGCCGUUGCUUUCCUGUUUGUCCAUAUGAUAGAAUAAGAACCAAUACAUACGUAAGAGAUGCUACUGCUACGGCUGAACUUCUCAAAAGAGAUGAUGUUGAUGCUGUGGAGAUACAUACAAGUGGCAGGCGGACUGCUAUGUUCGAAGAGCUUUGGAACGGUUUAGGAGAUUCUGUUAGUUAUCUGAGGCUUGUGGCAGUGAGUAAUGUUGAUCAUUAAUAAUAAAAUCAUGAAUCAAUUGAUAUCACAUUGAGUCUCUGUCAUUGUAAACUAAUCUUUAAUAAGUCCAGGUUAGCUUACCUGAUAUCGGGGAACCAACCAUAUCUUUAAUGAACACGAUGUACUCUAUAAUGGAACCCAACCUACGUUGCUUCAAUUUAUGGCAGGUGUGCAAUCUAUAGCUUUUAGAAAUUCAAAUGAAAAAACAUCAUAAACCUUGUUAGAUUGCUGACAAAUUGUACAUAUUGUGCCAAACAAAGUUGGAUGGUCGGCCUAUGAGUGGAGACAUUGGGCGAGGUGCUACAAGGGAAGCAAUUGCCUUUGCUGUUCGUUUGGCUGCUGCUAAGGACAAACCUCAUGGUUUUCUUCAAUUGGCUGGUGGUACUAAUGCUCACACAGUUCAAGGAUUGAGAGCAGAGAGACUUUUCCAAACGACAACCAUAAGUAGUACUAGUCUUAUCUUACCCCUUCCUUUCCUAUUGAUUUUUUUGCCUGUACUCAUUUAGUUACCAUCUGUUAAUCUUUCUUUCUACUAACCAUUAUUCAUUUUAUCUGGAGAAAUCAAAAGAUGAAACAUUGGCUUUGGAUUCACUUAGUUCAUCGCAUGCUUUGAUUGGUGGGGUAGCUUACGGUGGCUAUGCACGGAAGAUAGUUGGAAGGGUUUUAAAUUCUAUGCAAUCCCAGCAUGGACAUGCUUGCAUUGAGGAUUACCCUGAUCAUCUUCUAAUGGCACUUAUGGAAUCUCUUGCACUGGUGGGACCUGUCAAAAAGCUAUAGGAAUUAAUAUGAAGGUAACUUCCUAUUUCCUAGUGUUACUUAGAAAUUGUAGUGGAUUUAGAGGGGCACAACAGGCCCAGGUAGUGGCGCUAUGUCUGAAUGAUUCUUAAGGUCCCUCGUAGCUAGUUUACUUGAAGGACUCGGACACACAAAUUUUUUAUUAAUACUGAAAGAUUCUAACAUUGUGCAUAACAGAAAAGAAUAAAGGGAAAAAAAAGAAAAGAAAAGGAAUAUCUUUGAAACUACACUUCCUUUCUUUCUACUAAUGUUUCUGUUUUUCUGUAGAGAAUAUGAAACAUUGGCUGCAAAUCCCGGAAGUUUGCUGUGCAUGUUAAUUGCUUGAAUAGCUUAUAUUGGCUAUUCACAGAAAGUUAGUCCUAAUUUUUUGUCCAUUAAUGUGCAGUUGAUUAUAAUAGCACUUUACUUUUACUAGAACAAUAUCCAUCUUCUAUUUGUUCCUUCGAGAGGCUACAAUUUUUUCAUUUAGUUUUCUCUUAUUUCCUUUGGAUAGUUGGAAGGGUGAACUAAUUUAGGUUCCCACAGCUAGUUUGUUCCUGUUUUCACUUAAUGUUUAGUUUUGGUUUGUUACUACUUCUGAGUAUAACUAAUUAAGGCUCGCAACUACUUCAGCAGUGUCCUCGAGAAGUGUACUUGAGAAUUAGCCAAUCACGUACUUUUGAUGUAAUAUUUUGAAUUUUCCUCGAUUUACUAUGGUUCAUAAUUUAUAUCAUAACAGGCUCCAAAAAAACUGUCAGGGUUGAAAUUUAUUUUCUUCAAAUUAGGGGUCG